UUAAAAUAACUUAUAAAUCUGGUGCAGUAAACAUGAGCAACAUCACCAUCAUGUGUGACUGGAAGAAGCUUCUCUCUGUUUGUCUGCUGGCACUGAUCGGCACACCAGCUUUGGGGGAUAAAGUUCAGAUUUCCUGGGUUGGAGCAGUGAUUGCGGGUUUCAAGACCACUUUUACCUGUUCCUCUUCUUGCUUUACAAAAUGCAUCUACACAUGGUCCCUUAAUGGCCGCAAGGUCAACGGGAGCACAUUAACAUGGACACCAGAUGGAUUGGACAGUACAGUGGACCUGCAGUGUACUGUCUUCAAUCCAAAAACUGGGACCUCCAGCAGCCUAACCAGCAUUGUAGAAAUUAAAAAUCGAGUGUCUGUUCAAAUUAGUCCACCAAACACUGUUCCAGCUCUCAAUCACUCUCUGAACUUAGUCUGCCAUGGAGCUGGACCAAGUGAUCUUCCAAGCCCGUCACACCUGGUGGACCACGUGGACUGGUACAAAGAUGGACAAAAACUGACCAGGCAUGGAAACACCAGACUGCUAAAUGACAAUUUUACACUUCAUUUUGACUCACUGCUGCCCUCUGAUGCUGGUUUCUACUACUGUGAAGUUACUAUACUUGGAGGCCAACAGAGAGUAUUCAGCCUGGGCUAUCUACUCAGCUAUGAUCUGUGGAACGUCAGCAUCAGUGGACCUGACGUUGUGUUUCCAGGAAGACUGAGUAAAUUCACAUGCUUGACCAGCUGUACUUUAAAUGUGGAGUGUACUGUGAAAUGGCAGUUCAGAGGAGGCUUCCCUAUUGGAAGCUACCUUUCAAUCCAUCAAAAUCAGAUUGCAUGGACUCCAUCCAUCCCUGGAACUGUGCAAAACUUCACAUGUGUUGCAGAAAAUCGUGCUGCUGGACGUUCUGCUGAGGCCACAAAGAUGGUUGAAGUCAAAGGAACUUUAUCUUCUGGAUCAGCAGUGCUUCAGCUCAGUAGACUUUUCGUUCUCAAUCUGGGACUGUGUUUACUUUUAAAUUCAUAGUGAUGCUUUUGUUUUUAAUCUCCAUCAUCAUUACCUCCAACAGAGGAAAGCGAUGAUUUAUUUUCAUCUCAUCUUCAGCUGAGUUGAUUUACAGCAAACACAGUCAUAAUGAAGUUGAAAUCACGAGAGAGCAAUCAGUAUCACCAAAUAUGAAACGACAGCUCUCUAUAAACCUUUCAUCUUGACCUGGACAGUCAGAGUCCAUUUGGCUUUUAAUGUACAAAUAAUGAUCAGAUAUACUUCACGUCACCAGGUAUUAAAUAUAUGCAAAGAUGCCUACUGUUAAAUCUCAAUGACUUGCCCUAUAUGAAGUUGUUAUGCAGUUGCUUGUUUUAUGUAAUCACAUAUGUAUAUUUAUUUUAUAGCAACUAUAGCUUUUAAAGUGGAAUUUUAAUGUGGUUGCAAUGAUGUGUGAAAUUUCUGAGAA